AUGGGAGAUACCAACGCUGAUUUUACAAAUGUUUCACAACAACCGUCCUCGCCGACGGUCCAACAGCCUUCAGUUGCUGUUGUAAGCCCUAAAGCUGCAAGAUAUCAAGCAAACAACAAUGAAGAAGAGGAAACAUCCUGUAUGCAAAAGCCCAAGAAUAAAUACCUUGUCGUUGGAGCAUCAAUUGUUGUAGCAAUAAUCAUAAUAGUUCUGGUUAUUGUUCUUCCGGUGGUCUUAACAAGGAAAUCAAGCUCAAAUGCAACAGGAGAUUCGACAUCUUCAACAACAUCACAGCCAUAUAUCACAAAAUGUCAAUCAACAAUGGCAAAGACUUUCGCUAAAACAAAUCAAUUACCAUCCGUAAACGAUGCACGUCCCAAAGUGAAAAUGGCACCAGCUCCAGAAAAAAUUGGAAAUAAUGUUCUUGUCAAAGGUGCUUAUCUGGUUGAGUUUGCACUUGAUGCCACUGAAAGAACACAAGCUCGUACAAUCACAAGAUCGUUACAACUCUCCCAUAGUAUUGAUCCAUCGGCAGUUACAAUACGACGUUCUAUCCAGUCGUCAUUAUUUUCUGGUACUUCGUUUAGUGUUGAUCAAGAUCAUCCCGUAGAAGCAAUCGAAAACAUCGAAGGUAUAGUUGCUGUCUAUCCGAUCUACACUAUUCCUCGUCCGCAACCUGUACGAACUCUUGGCUACAGUGAAUUGUAUAGCACUGGCAGUGAUACAAUCAAUUCAUACAAUUCAACUGGCAUCAGUUAUAUACAUGACGUGUAUAAAAACUUCGGUGCAGGUGUCAGAGUAGCUGUCAUUGACUCAGGUGUUUAUUAUUUACAUCCUGCACUUGGAGGUUGUUUUGGACAAGGAUGUAAAGUUGAAUUUGGCUAUGACCUGGUCGGAGACGACUUUUCAGCUGGUACUUCAGUGGCUAUGCCUGAUCCUGAUCCCUUGGAUAAUUGCUCGGAAAGCUCUCACGGCACCCAUGUUGCUGGAAUUAUUGCGGCAAACUCUACAGGAAUUACCAGUCUAAAUUUCACUUCGUAUAUGCCCUUCCUAGGCGUUGCACCUCAAGUCACUCUCGGUGCAUAUCGUGUAUUCAGUUGUCAAGGUGGCUCGCCAUCGGAUGCAGUCACUGAAGCUAUUUAUCGUGCCUAUAACGAUAGAGCGGAUGUCAUUAACUUAUCACUUGGCGCCCCGGGUCCUUAUCCAGGAACUGCUGAAGGAGUGGCAAUCAAGCGAGUUACUAAUGCCGGAGUAUACGUUGCUGUUGCGGCAAGUAAUGAUGGACAAGCAGGUGUUCAAACGACUGACGAUAUAGCAAAUGAAGCUGCUUCGAUGACUGUUGGUUCCAUAGACAACAAAUAUACUCUGCUGACGAAUGCAUCGAUCAUGAUUGGACCGAACAGCACGAAAAUUCUAUAUCAACCCGGAACGAAUUAUGGUGCUUGGAGAUCGAUUGUGAAUUCGACCAUUGUUGUGAACGAUCCCAAUGGAACGAAUAGUGAUGAUGGUUGUAAUGGGCCAUCAAUUGUCGUUAUGGGAGCUGUCGUUCUAUUUCAUUUUCAAGAUAACGACCAAUGUGGCACCGCUGUUCGUUGCAACAAAGCAGCAGUUCAAGGAGCUAUCGGUUGUUUGAUAUAUAAUACUAGCAAUAUGGAGGGUUCAUCGAAUAUUCCUAGUGGAAGUGUUAGUCUGAGUGAUGGAUUGAAUAUUAUUUCAACAGUUGUUGCCAAUUCAUCCGCCAUGUAUAUGUUCACGACCUGGGUUGAACCUAUAACACGGGACACGGCGGGAACUGUUUCUGACUUCUCAUCCAUUGGUCCAAACGGUGAUCUUCUCUUGAAGCCUCAACUUUGUGGUAUUGGCGGGAGCGUUUAUUCAACAAUCUCACCCUUUGCUGCUGCUAUGCAAGGUUUAACGAGAAUGUAUGCCCUUUACUCGGGCACAAGUAUGGCUACACCUUAUAUUGCUGGGACUUUGGCUCUGUUCCUUGCCAGUUUGGGCAAUCCGGCUCCCAGUACAGCUAGUGGCAUUGCUAGCAAUGGAGUUUGUCGACCCUCAUUCUCCGUGGCCAUGAAUAUCUUUCAAUCAACAGCACAAACAGUAAACAACUACGGAUCUACUCUUCUUUCUAACGCCCUUCAACAAGGUUCCGGAUUAGUUGAUAUUCGUCGUGCUAUAAAAGCUACAACUAUGCUUUCACCAAGUGAUCUUUCGUUGAAUGAUACCGUCCGCACAGCGUCAUCAUACACAGUGACAGUUUACAACAUUGGUACGACGACAGCAUCAUACAAACUUACACAUGGUGGUGCAGCGUUAGCCACUCCAAAGGAUGCAGACUCUGACCAACUCUUGGCUGUUCCAAUAUAUUCAGCAGAUUACGCUAAUGUUACUAUUGAUCCCAGUGCGUUUCAACUCCAGCCUGGGCAGUCACGUCAAAUCACACUUCGUUUCAUGCCACCCACGACAGUGAAUGCAAGUCUGUUACCAUUCUACUCUGGUUUCAUAUAUGUCACUAAUCAAAACAGUGGCGAUGUUGUUCAUCUACCAUAUGCUGGUGCAAUUGGUGACUAUUCAAAUGCUCGUAUAAUUGUGCAAACAGCUUUGAACAAUGUCAGAACAGGAAUUGUGUCUCAGAGUGGCGGCUAUAUUUCUACCAUAGAACAAGAGACAUUGAAUGCUACUAUAGGGAUCAGAAUCCUGUCAGUAUUAGCGUGGUCCACUCGUCUUUACUUUGCAGAGAUUAUUUCAGUGAAUGAUACCAGUUUGCCGACUCAAAACCAAAGUUUGGGAAUAUUAGCCUACGGAACAAACGGUGCUCCAUUCUACCAAACCAAUGUACAGAGAAAUGCUGCUAUCCAAACUCAGUCAGUUACUGAUGGGGAUAUAUGCAUAUGGUACGGGUAUUAUUACGCAUGUCCAGCAGCCAGUACUGGUAGUUGCUCAGCCAGUACAACAUCUAAUCUUCCUCAAGGUCAAUAUCGAGUUCGAUUCUCAGCUCUCAAAAACUUUGGAAAUCCUUCGAAUCCAAACGAUUACGAUUUUUAUCGCUCUCCACCAUUCUUUCUCGUCUAUUAG